AUGUUCCCUCACCAGCAGGGCGCCCAAGGCCAGAUGCCCACCCAUUGGCAGCCGCCAACCUCACAGCACCCCCCCAACGGUGCCUAUGUCGUCCCGCCCCAGCAUAUGAACACGACGCUCCCUCCUCCUCCCCCCCAAGAGCCACGACCAGACAUGCAACACGCCCAGUACCAACAGCAGCAGCAGCAACAGCAGCAGCCAUAUCGCCUGCCCGGCCCCAACGAGUGGACUCGCGGUCCUCCUCCUCCAGACCCAUAUCGCCAGCAAGGCCCUCCACCGCCCCACUAUGUCCAGCAGCAGCACCACCAGCCGCCAGCGCCCCGCCAGCGCACUGCCAUUGCCUGCCGUUACUGCCGUCGACGCAAGAUCCGAUGCUCUGGCUUCGAGGCCACCGAGGACGGCCGCUGCUCAAACUGCAUGCGGUUCAACCAAGACUGCAUCUUCACCCCCGUCUCGGCCCAGACGCAGGCCUUUGUUCCUGCGCAUACCGUCUGGCGUGGCGUCGGACAGCCUCCCCCCAUGUAUGGCGCCUACGGGCAGCCCCUUCCACCCGCGAACCAGGCAGAGCCAUAUGGCCAGCCAGGUCGCCCCCCGCCAUCGCUGCAGCAGCAGCAGCAGCAGCAACAACAACAGCAACAGCAGCAACAGCAGCAGUAUCUGCCUAGCCCCACUGCAGGUCCGUACCCAGUUCAUCCUGACUAUGGUCCGCCCAGUGCUGCUCCCCAAGAUGAGGGAAUCCGUGACUCGCUGAGUGGUAGGAAGAGGCCCCAUCCAGAGCCUCAUACUCCUACCCUGCCACCGCCAAUGCCUGGCACAGCGUCACUCCCUUUUCGAGGAGGCACGGGUCCAGACUAUGCCUAUCCAGAGCCAAUUCCUCUAACUCCUGGUGCUGCUACAGCUGCCCCUCCCGCGCCCUACGCCUCGGGCCCGCCACCACCCCAACCCUACUAUGCCACACAACCUCCGCGUCAAGGCUCUCCCCAGAGCGCAUAUCGCUAUGACCCAAGCCGCACCUCUUCGUCGCCGCAAUCGCAAGCACCCACCACCCCGGGUGCCCCGCCCACCCCUUAUUACAGCGCUCCUCCACAACAGCCCGGUGCGCUGCAGCCACCUCCCCCUCGAAGUGACGGCAGGACUCCGCCGCCUUCUACCUCUGCCCCGAGCAGACCGAGCAUGCGCAUUAAUGACCUCGUCACCGAUAACGGAAACGGACGCAGCUCCACCGACUCGUCCAUGCUGAACAUGCUCAACCGCCGACCCAUGUAA